AUGGCCACCAAGCAACCCAAGAUCAACCGCGUCACUCCACUGAGUGCGGACGAGGCCAAAUGGACUGAACUUCGCAAAAUCGAAUGGACCGACCAGACUGGCCGAGAACGUGUCUGGGAAGCCGCUGCCCGCAAGACUCGCAAAGAAACCGGAGUUGACGCCGUCGCCAUCGCACCUAUUCUUCGCCACCCAAGCAGACCACCAAGCACUCUCAUCAUCCUGCAGUACCGGCCACCCGUCGAAGCCAUUUGUGUCGAGUUCCCUGCCGGCCUGAUCGACGAAGGCGAGACGCCUGAGCAAGCUGCUGUGAGGGAGUUGAAGGAGGAGACCGGGUAUGAGGGCAAGGUGAGCGACAUCUCGCCGACUUUGAGUAAUCAGCCGGGAAUGACCAAUGCUACGCACCAGGUACUUGAUUGCAGUCCGACGAUUGUUAGUGAUCCGGGGUUGACGACUGCGAAUAUGCAGAUGGUCACGAUCGAGGUGAACCUCAAGGAGGAUGAUGAGGCUCCAGAGCAGCAUCUAGACGAGGGCGAGUUCAUUGAGCGAAGAAUCGUGCCACUUAAUGAGUUGUAUCAGACUCUACAAGCAUUAUCGAAGGAGCAGGGCAAGACUGUGGACGCGAGGCUCUACCAUUGGGCCCUUGGUCUACACUGGAGCAAACGUAUCUUCCCACAAAGCUGA